AUGCCUUCGAAUGGACCGCGGGCAACGGCCAGACUUCGCAGAUAUGGAUUGAAUGGUGUUUUCUUCGAUGAGAUGGCGGAUGUUGCUUACAACGACUCGCUCCGCUAUGUAGUGGAGCUCAAAAGGCCAGUGGCUCGAAACAACCACUUGCCUCUAAGAACUGGCCUCCAGCUGUUGGAAAAGGCUCUGCGUGAUUUACGGGAGAAACAUCACAACGAGGAGUCGCUGCUGCACCUGUGGACAUUGAGCAAGCUGAAGCAGGAAAUACCGCAGAUCGAGUGGCAAACCUACUUUGAGGAACUGCUGGAAAUGGAGCCCAGAGAUGAUAAGCUACUCGUGCAGAUUAGCGAUGUGGAAUAUUUCCGAAAGCUGGGCGAGCUGCUGCGUGAAAGUAAUAAAACCAUUUUGGAAUUCUAUCUAAGGAGCGACUGGCUAGCUUUAACAAGGUCGGAGGACAUGCGGCAGCUGCAGCAGAUGUUUGCCAGCUUACGCGGCACGUUUGCCAAAUACUUGGAGCUGAAUCGAUUGGAGCUAAGUUCCGAGCAGUUAACCUAUCUACAUGCCAAGCUGGCGAACAUGCAAUUGAAACUGGGCAACCUACCGGAUACAGCGAGCACCGAUAAUGAUUUCUAUAAUAAUCACUAUGCCAGUGCAUCAUUUACGGCUGACGACUUUGUGGAAAACUUUUGGCAGGCCCUGCGUUUACGUACGCAUCUGCAGCAUUUGCCAGCCCGCAAUGCGCCUUAUUUUGAGCAUGAGCGAAAUAUGUUGACCGUUCCAUUGGUCUUCAUGCAGUGGCCCUUUUACGAUUAUCGACAGCAUUCCGUUUUUCGACAUAGUCUGAUGGGCUUUAUACUCGGUCACGAGCUUAGUCACGCCUUCGAGCAGGAGGGCAUACUCUUCGAUGCCGCGGGCAACGAGUUGCACUCGCCAACAGCAUCGCUGAAGGAGCGAUUGGCAGAUUUCAACGGACUCCAACUGGCUUAUGACACGUUCUUUGGGUUGGGACAUGAUUCAAAUCGGUUUGAGUAUCGCCCAUAUGAGUUUGAGCAGGAGAUGUCGCCGCCACAGCUCUUCCAUUUGAAUUUCGCGCAGUUCUUUUGUGGCCGUCUACCAACAGCCAUAGGCCAUGACAUGGACGAUGUGCG